CCCGCCACCACCGCCUCUGCCGGCGCCCGCCGCAGCUGCCGCCCGCCAGCUCGCCCGUGCAGCCGCGAUGCCCCGGAGCCUGACCCUGGCCCGGGUCCCCGGCCCAGGGGGUAAUUAGCCUCUGGGCACCCUGAGCGCCCGGCCACCAACGCCGCACCCCGACGCAGCGAUGGGCAACACCGUGCACAGGACCCUGCCAGACUCGAGCCCGCCGGCGCGUCUCCUGGCCACGCGGCCGUGCUGUGGCCCUGGCCCUGAGCGGCGCCCAGUCCUGAGUGAUGCACCGCGUUUCCACGCACAGGCCAAGGGCAAGAAUGUGCGGCUGGACGGCCACUCGCGCCGGGCCACGCGACGCAACAGCUUCUGCAACGGCGUCACGUUCACGCAGCGGCCCAUCCGGCUGUACGAACAGGUGCGGCUGCGCCUGGUGGCCGUGCGCCCGGGUUGGAGCGGCGCUCUGCGCUUCGGCUUCACCGUGCACGACCCAUCGCUCAUGAGCGCCCAGGACAUCCCUAAGUACGCCUGCCCCGACCUCGUCACGCGGCCCGGCUACUGGGCCAAGGCGCUGCCGGAGAACCUGGCCCUGCGUGACACCGUGCUGGCCUACUGGGCGGACCGCCACGGCCGCGUCUUCUACAGCGUCAACGACGGCGAGCCUGUGCUCUUCCACUGCGGCGUGGCCGUGGGUGGCCCGCUCUGGGCGCUCAUCGACGUCUACGGCAUCACCGACGAGGUGCAGCUCCUCGAGAGUGCGUUUGCCGACACACUGACGUCCACCCGCCUCAGCCAGGCCCACUUCAGCGCCUGCCUGCCGUCCAGCAGCCACGACGCGGCCAACUUCGACAACAACGAGCUCGAGAACAACCAGGUGGUGGCCAAGCUGGGCCACCUGGCACUGGGCCGUGCCCCGGGCCAGCAGCCUGCAGACGCCGCGGCUGCCUCCAUCCCGUGCGGGCCCCGCGAGCGCACGUGGCCCUCGUCAUCGCCCGCGCUGCUUGAGGCCGACCUGCGCUUUCACACAACGCGUGGUUCUGACGUCAGCCUGUCCGCCGACCGCAAAGUGGCCUGUGCGCCGCGGCCCGACGUCGGCCGCACACUCGUCUUCUCCGAGCGCCCACUGCGACCCGGCGAGAGCCUCUUCGUGGAGGUGGGCCGCCCCGGGCUGGCGGCGCCCGGCUUGCUGGCCUUCGGCAUCACAUCGUGUGACCCUGGUGGACUCCGGCCCGCCGAGCUGCCGGCCGACCCCGACGCGCUGCUCGACCGCAAGGAGUACUGGGUGGUGGCGCACGUCGGACCCGUGCCCAGUGGCGGUGACGCACUCAGCUUCACGCUGCGGCCCGGCGGCGACGUGCUCCUGGGCGUCAACGGGCGCCCACGUGGCCGCCUACUGUGCGUUGACACCACGCAGGCGCUCUGGGCCUUCUUCGCUGUGCGCGGUGGCGCCGCGGGCCAGCUGCGCCUCCUCGGCACACUUCAGUCCAGCCCUGCAACCACAUCCCCAUCGGGGUCCCUCAGCGGCUCCCAGGAUGACAGUGAUUCUGACAUGGCCUUCAGUGUCAACCAGUCCUCUUCAGCAUCUGAGUCAUCUCUGGUGACAGCCCCCAGCUCCCCGCUGAGCCCCCCGGUGUCCCCCGUAUUCUCCCCUCCAGAGCCGGCAGGCAGCAAGAACAGCGAGUGCACGGUGUGCUUUGAUGGUGAAGUGGACACGGUUAUCUACACGUGUGGACACAUGUGCCUGUGCCACAGUUGUGGCCUGCGGCUCAAGAGGCAGACCCGGGCCUGCUGCCCCAUCUGCCGGCGGCCCAUCAAGGACGUCAUCAAGAUCUACAGGCCGUAGCCUGGCCCACUGACAGGCCUUGGCCAGAGCACAGUCACCUUUCUGAAGCCCUCUGGGCUGAGCAACCAUCAUGGCCACCAGGGAGUCAAGGGCAGCCAUCUCGUCUGCCAUUCUUCAAUGGUGGGCAAGGCAUGACAGUUGUGGAGAUGAGGCCCUGGGGGUCUGAGCCCCAGCAAGGGCUGCUUCUGGCUCAAAAGUGCUAUGCCCCCAAGAGGCCGUCCCAAGAGCAAGCUCAGGAACUGCCUGGCAGGCCACCCUGUCCCUUGGUGACCCAUCAGCUGGGAAACAGCAUGCUUAGUGCAAUGCUUUUGGCUGGGUGGGGUUGAGUGUGUGGGAGGAAUGUGUGAGAAUGAGUGAGAGAGAACGCACAGGUAUUUAUCCAGGGAUCCUGACUUUAGGAGGUUACUUAACAUGAAGGAAUGUGCAAUCCAGAGCCCAGAAGUUAGCGUGGCUAGAAAUGGUUCACUUUCUGGGACUGUGACAUCAGCUGGUUUUGAAGAUAUGAAAACCUGCACCUAAACAGAACUCCCUUGGAUGAUAUAGAAAGGGGACACUCAGAUUUUCUAAGGGGAGGAAAAAAUAGCUCAUUGUUUACAGCUCCAAAGCAACAGCUCCAUGGGGAGAAGGUGGGCGGAGAACAUAAAAGAACAAUUUGCUUUUUUAGUUUCUUACUCAGUCCUCAAGAGGAGUUUUGAUGGGUGCUGCUGCCUAGAGCUCUGGGUGGUGUCACCCCAAAGCCUUCACCCUUUCACCCCCUAGACAGCCUAAUCCUAAGCACACCACACCUCGGUGUGACCUGGGCCCUAGAUGCUUUUAGACUGUAGCCCCCUUGCCCUCCCCAAGGAGGAGGCAAGCAGCAGGUUCUCUUUUCCUGGGGGAGGGAAAGGAUCUUAGAGACGGGUGACUCAUGCAGAGUUGGAAGGGCCCCUCCAUCGAGCAGACAGAUCUGCGUAUCUAUGUAGGCCGGGGUCUGGCAUUCACCAGUGGCUCUGGGCGUGCAUCACUGGGCUGAUCUGCUGUCAGAGUCCGAGGGAGAGCCAGGGCUGCGCCACUGCUCCUUGUUCUGCAUCUCGGCUUAUCUUCCCCUGCUGAUCACUAAGACAUUAAUUGAUCAUUAGGAAGUUAGUAAGUGAGUCAGUAAUUGAACAUGCUGACACUGGGACUCCCCGCCUCCCAGGGCUGUGUGCUAGGCACUUCCUGUGACCCUGGCCCUGCCUCUACCCCCUCAUCCCUGCCCAGGCCCAUCUCUGCAGACUCCCAGACCACAGCUGGGUGGAUGGGCUGGCCCAGGCCUGCGUCUCCCUUCCUAGUCCCAGUUCUGGGCCCCACCUCUGCACUGUCUUGUGCUGUACCUUUGGGGAAGUCCCUGGGCCUCUCUGAUUCUCAGUUCCCAAUCUUUCCAAGAGGAAGCCUAGUACCUGCCCACUCCAGAGCCCUUGGGAGGACCAGCACAACAUUUGAAAAAGUCCAAGACACCUUGCAGAGAGCAGGUACCAUUUUUAUUACAACUCUUAAUCUGCUCGUCUGCUGAAUGUGUGUGUUGGGUGUCUGGGAGCCCGGAGCCCAGCUCUGCUGAGCCCUCAACAAAUGAAGUCCUUGAAGCCAGUUGGUCUCUGCUCUUCUGAUGCUGCAGGUCUUGGACCAACCGCUGUUCUGCCUGGAAGUGGUCACAGUGUUCUGACCUAUCUCAACUUCAGAAACUCCACUCUUGGCCCUGCAAGAACCCCUGACUGGUUAUUUUUCCCUAGUGAAUUUGGGGAACACACCCAUAUUUUAACUUUACAGCAGAAUCUUUUGGAGAGCUAGUGGAACCCCAGCAUUUGCCAAGAUGAGAGUGAGAAUUUAGGCAGCACCAAGGACACAGCUGAAUUUGGUCACCUUCCAUCUCCCCAGUGUGCCAGGUGUGGGCCGGCACAGGCCCUGCUUGAGAGGCCUUGCUGCACCCAGGACUGUGGUUCUCCAGGCAGCACCCCCUGCCUGGAUGGAGCCGCAUGCAAGCUCCAGGCAUCUCAGCACCUGGGAGGUCGGGGGUGGGGGGGGUGUUUCUCUCCUGCCCCUUGCCCUUUCUGACUGCCCACUAGGGUUCCAGCCCGGGUCAUGUAUAGCCACCACCAGGAAGCAAGUGACUGAGGGCCUGGACCCCAGGUAGGCCAGGCCACACCCCUGGUGACCUGUUACCUGGGAUGAAGGGAGCCAGUGGCCUGUUUAACUUGCUCUACAGCUGCUAUAAAUAACCUCCCCAUUUUCAAGAGGAAUUAAGGGGGUGUUUAUCUUCUAAAAACCAGACAUAUCAGGAUGCUCUAAGCUGAUUGAUUCAGUGCUACAAGGGUGUUGUUCACAGGCCCUCUUUGUUCUGGUGGAGAAGAGGCAGGGGAAAGGGAACCACUCUUAUGUAUUUUGCAUCAUUGUGUGCCUCAGUGCAGGGCUGGGAAGGUCUCAUGCAUCAAUCCCAUGAGCCAGGUCUUAUUACCACAUAGGGUCAUAUCUAAGACACCACUAAUUAUCAAACACACCAUUUUAUGUACUGCUGAGGAAAAACACUGCCAAUUUUAACUGUAAGAUGCCAGAGCUAUACAACUCAUUCUAAUCAGAGAUACUGAAA